AUUCACUAAUUCACGCGAUUAUAUGAACACCAUUAGAAAGAUUUAUGGAAGACAUACAGGCAUGGAACUAUAAACUCGUUUAGCCAGCGGCUAGCAGUGGAUUUUUGCUUAAGCUAUUCACGGCUCAAGUCAUCGAACAUUAAUUAGUUGGCGUUAAUACUAGGCUGUAUGCUAAAGCUAGCUUCGUGUGUGCGGUAUUGUUACAUUCACCUAACUUAAUGUCACACGCUGGUGCGAUUAAAACGUUAAUCGGUGGUUAAAGUCUUUCGGCUUCUUCGGUUUAAACUCGUGGUGCAGUGACCGUAUGCUAGCACCAUUAGCGUAGCUGCUAGCACAGCGUUGUCCUCCAUGCAAGUUAGUGAAGAACCGUUACAAAGUAACGUUACAUUUACGUUAAGUGCUUUACUUCAGUUUACAAUCGAGGUCCUCAUACAUGACUUGAUUAUAUAACAUGUUUAUGUCCUUCCUGUACAGUGAAAACCACGUGUCAGAAGUGUUUACUUUGAAGUAUUCAAUUAUAUUACAGUUCUCCUAAUUCCUAACUAGCAGGAAGACACUUUUCUCUUAAACGCGAGGAACAACCGAGGAAACGUUUGUGUAUGUUCUCCUUAAACACUGUCUGCCCAGUACUGUACACAGCAUGGAUCGGUUACUAUAGUAGGACUCUACUGUAGUAAUCUGCAGGGAUCAGAUACUUGUGGUUGUUCUACAAUAUCUGCUACCUGCGUGUCUGAGAAUCUUUCAGCGGACAGACGGUUUUAACAAAAAAACAUAAACAUGACAAAGUAUCGUUGUUGUCACAACAUCCAACUAAAUAGAUACGUUAAAUCAGUCGUUGUUUUUAGAGACACGUGGUUCUCACAGGAUGGAGCCCGAUGGUGCUUUGAUGUACUUGAUGUGUUACUUGAGUGGAGGAUCUACUUCUUCAGCCGCUGAUCUCUACUCGUUGACAUUUGAAAGGAAAUGAUUCAGAUGGAAGAUGAUUUUAAUUACAUCUGUCAGAGCUCCUCCUUGUUCAGUGAGGAGAUUUCCUUCGCCUCCUCCUCCGGUCGCUCUUCACAGCUUGUUGUGUCUCCUUUCCUAGCCUCCUUUAAUACAUCCUCGUGUCCACCUCCUCUGGCUCCUGUGUUCUUAUCGGAGGCCACGCCUCCUCCUCCUCGUUGUGUUUCUGCAGACGUCCACAGAAGAGGACUUCCCUUCACUGAUAUUAACCCCCUCCCCCGUCCUUCAGACUCUUUUCUUAAUCGCUUGUGAACAAGCUGUCCGUCAUGUCUCAGAAGUCUCAGUCUGACGGGGGUCAAAAACACUUCGCCGUGGGCCGCGGGCUCCUCGCUGCCGCCGAGACCUUGAACUUCAGCAUGAGCGAGCAGCGGUCCGGCAGGCAGAUGGGGGGCGGGGCCUCGGGCGUGGGGGUGGGCAGCGGCAUGGACAACCAGGACGGGGGCUCCCAGAUUCCGCGGCGCGGUGGUGGUAACCACAUCGGCAACACCAUGAAGCUGUUUGCCAGUCUGGGCCUGUCGCCCUCUGACCUGGACGCUCUGGCUGAGAUCCCAGAAGAAGACAUCAGCGUGGAGACGCUGCCGCACAUCCUCAUGCAGCUCAAGAGCCGUAAGGGGGACGCCUCGGAGCGGCGGGGGGCCGCGGCCGUGUCCUCAGACGGCGGGUACCGAGGAGGACGCGACAGCUGGGACGGCGGGAACACGGAGAGGAUGGGCGGUCCUUCUCUGGGGCCCGGCUCGGCCCGGGUCCAGACUUCUGCGGACUUUGGCUACGGUUCGCUGCAGGACGGCGCCCCCAGCCGCGGCUACGGCUUGAGUUACGGCAGCGGGGUGGGCAGCAGAGAACGUCCGUACUCGGAGCUUUCCCGCCACGACUCCUACAGCGGGGUCGGCAUCGGGCCGUCGGCCUCCGACCCCAACUUUAGGCAGAGGAGGAUGGGCUCCCCGUCCAAUGGGAAGGUCCAAGACUUCUUGGGGGUCAUGCCCCCCAUGUUCCCCCACGUGUGCUCUCUUUGUGACUUUGACGUUCAUUCCAACAUGGAGUGGAACCAGCACACUAACGGACUCCGGCACGAUGAGAACAGACGGCUGCUGCUCAACAUGUAUCCGGACUGGGACCCUGGCAUGUCCUCCGGCAGAAGUCUUCUGGAGACCCCCAACAUGUCUGCAGGGCUGCUGGGACCGGCCCCCGUGUCUUCCUCUCAGACCGGGAGAGGGAUGUCCUCCAGCUGGGGAGGAGGUGGAGGAGGUCCUGGUCUGUCAGGAAAGAACCAGUCGGGACAAAAUAAGGUCAGGAGCAGGGUGGUGGUGGUGAAAUACGACCGGAAGCCUCUGAGCAACAAGACUCUGUUUUCCUUCACCGAGCCCUUCGGCUGUCUGACGGAGCACCUGGUCCUCAAGAACAAGGCCUUCCUGGAGAUGAGCAGCCACGAGGAGGCUGUGGACAUGGUGAACUACUACGAGCAGAACCAGGCGUCUCUGUACGGGAAGGAGCUGAGCUUCUACCUGUCCAAGAGGCUGCUGGUGAUUGAGAAGGACCAGCGGGCCGCCGACAGGUCUGCCCGGGAGGUCAAAGGUCAGGGCAGCCAGGUGGUGUUCUUUUCCAACCUGCCCAGAGAGGACGAGAAGAAGAAAGAGCUGCUCACCAUCGCGGGACGCUUCGGCACUGUGGAGAAGCACCUGUUCCUCACUGACCAGGCUUUUGUCCAGCUUGGGACUCCGGAGGACGCUGAGAUGUUGGUGAAGUAUUACAGCGUGAACCCUCUCACCAUCAAAGGCAGACCGAUCCGCCUCAACAUCUGCACCAAGUACAAGACCCUAACCGUCAACCGCAGACAAGGAGGAGAGGAUCGCAGCCAGAGGAGCAGCGGAGCUGACACCUCCUACUCCUCCGGAACCAGGACCUCCUCCAAGUCCUCAUCUAGAACCAGGGAGGAGGACAAGAAGGAGGAGGACCAACAUACAGCGGAGGAGGAGGAGGAGGAGGAGGAGGUGUCAGGAGUUAUGGAUGGGGAGGACCAAGGGGAGGAGCACGUAGCUGAUGGAGUUGCAGAGGGGGAGAAGCCAAAAGGAGGCACAGAGGAGCAGGAGGAGGUUCCUGAUGGGGAUGAUGUCACAGAAGACCCACCUGGAGAUGUGGGCGGGGCCGAAGCAGAGUUCAAGCAGGAGGCGGAGUCAGAGGAACAGGCCGAACAUACAGAGACCGAAGUCUCUGCCGAGGAACCCGAGAUUAAAGAAGAAAUGGAAGCAGAACCCGGAGAAGGUUCAGAGACGGUGGAGGGAGACCUGUCUGCUGAUGCUAUGUUUGAUCGUGACUUCCUUGCGAACAUGGAGGACUUUGUGACGCUGGACGAGCUUGACGAGGACGAAAGAGACGGAGAGUCCGACUCCACCGACAACACCAGGAAAGGGGGAAUGAGGGUGGUGAACAUCGUGGGCUUCAGACGAGGUUACAACUUCAUGAACGAGCUUCAGGGACUUGCCAAACCUUUUGGGAAGGUGGUGAAACAUCUGGUGCUGGACCUGAGACCGGAGGCGUACCUUCAGUUUGCCACAGAAGAAGAAGCUCGUGCCAUGGCCAGCUUCUACAACGGUAACAUCACGGCGUCUGUGUGCGGCCGCCCGGUGAGGGUCAGUCACUCCCUGAGCUACCCGACCAUCCAGUGCGGCUCCAGCAGGGUAGUCUACGUGGGUCAGAUCCCCAACAUCAAGUACUCGGACGACGCCAUCUUGAAACUGGCGGAACCGUUCGGGAGGGUCGAGAAGUAUUUCCUCAACAGGUUGAAGAGAGAGUGUUUCAUAGAGAUGGAGAAAGCUGAGGAGGCUGAGAAAAUGGCAGAAGAUUGCAAAGUAAAUCCUCCAAGGUUCAACGGGAAACGUUUGACUGUUUACGUCAGCAGGAAGUACAGACAGCUCAAACACGGACACCGAUGUCCAGACAGAAAGAGAGAGAACAGCAGCAUCUCUCCUAAAUCCUCCAAACAUCCUGAAGAACCUCCGGCCAAGAAAUCCAAGGAAGACAAGAAACAUGAGGAGGAGCAUGGGGAGGAGAUGGAGGAGAAGGAGAGAGAGGAAGAGGUGCUGAGUUAUGAAAACAAAGAAGAAGAAAAGCCAUUGGAGAAGAUACCUGACGGUUCCGAUGAGAACCAGAAGAUCUGCCAGGAAGAGGUGCAGUCAUCGUCCAAUGAGAACACGGAGACCGAGGCCCCCCCGCCGGCUGAACACAAACCCAGCGUGGCGUCCCUGCCGCUGGCCCCCCAUGACCCCAACACCCCCGUUGGUGUUGAACAUGUGAAGAUGGGGUUUUACUGCCGCGUCUGCUUCCUGUUUUACUCCAACGAAGAGACGGCCAAGAAGACGCACUGCAGCAGCCAGGCGCACUACGACAAGCUGCAGAAACACCUGGAGAAGGAGCAGACCAAGGCCGAGAAGAAGAAAGGGAAGAAGAGCUGCUGAUGACCUCACUGCAACCCAGGAGACACGUGUCCUUCAGAAGGUUCUUGUCAGUUGUGCUGUCUUGUGCGUCCCAGAGCCGUUGUCACGGUGACGAGGUCGUUUCCUGUGUCGACUGUUGCUUCACAAGAACAGCAGCGGAAGUUAAGUUAGUCCAACAGAGCCGAGCAUGUUUAGAAAGUAGUUUGAGUCUUUUAGUUUAGUCGGCGUAGGAGCACCUCUGCUCGUGUCCAAACUAUUCCUGUCGUCAUCCUCAGAACAAUGUGGUGAACUUUUUACGUUGACAGAUUUUUGAAUUAAACGAUUUUACUCAA